AUGGCGAUCAGCACACAGGAAUCAGAAGUCAUGAUUUUCCUAAUUCCUAGCAACAAGAUAAGGCAAAACACCGUCCAAAGACUUCUCCAACUGCUUGAAAAGGUUACAGUAAUUUGUAACAAAAAACCCUCAUUGCUUUUAUACAUUCAAAGAGUACAUGUACAGUGUACAUGUACAUGUACAUUGAUUUUAUUCCCUUUCUCUCCUCUUAGACAAGCAUAUGAAGAGUAUGAGAUACUGGCUAACUCCUGGAGAUACUCACAGCAAUACUCAUCACAACUUUUCUUUGUAAUGAUUGAUAUUGAUGAAGAUGGAAUGGAUGUCUUCCAACAAUUACGUCUCACCACUGCUCCUACAUAUUUCCAUUUCCCUCCCAGUGGUAAGAGGAAGAAUGAAGACAAAUACGACAUAACCAGGUUUGGUUUUACAUGUGAACCACUUGCUAACUGGGUAGCUGAUAGAACCGGAGUUAAAAUAUCGAUUGUUCGUCCUCCUAAUUUCACUGUCAUGUUAAUAUGGAUUCCAUUGCUUGUUGUAGCUGCUGUUGUUGGAUACUUGAAACGUGAGAACUUACAUUAUUUCUACGACUCUAGACUCUGGGCCACUAUUGCUAUGGCCUGGAUAUUUAUCAUGUUAUCUGGUCAGAUGUGGAAUCACAUUAGAGGUCCUCCUUUCUCUCACCGCAAUCACCAAACAGGCCAAGUUGGGUAUUUCAGUGGAACCAGUCAGUACCAGUUCAUUGCUGAGACUUACAUUAUAAUGCUCCUGUAUGCUGUUCUUAGUAUUGGUAUGGUGCUGAUGGGGGACAAGUUUAAAGUGUUUGAAGAGAUGGGUAUUCAGAAAUAUACUCCAGUAAUUGGAUUGAUUAUCGUUGUUGUGGUAUUUGGUUAUCUUCUCUCUAUAUUCCGUGCUAAAUAUGGCGGGUACCCUUACAGUUUUCUUUUCAGUUAAAGUUUCUCUCAAUGAUUGUACAUCUCUUGGGAGAUUAAAGACGAGAGAACAAACUGUUUGGCUUGUAUUUCUGUUUCAAUUUAUACAUGUACAAUCAAUCUUAUUUAAAAAUGAUUAAUAGUAGCCGUCACUACAUUAUGUAGUGGGUGGCUCAUUUUA